UCAAACAAGAAGAUGAACACUUAUUAAUUGAGAUCAUCAGCUUACUUUAUUAUGUCUGACUAACACUAGGAUUCAAAAUCCAAGAUCCGACAUUCUUGUAUCGCAAUCUCUGUGACGGAUCAAGCCAAGCUGAAACCAGCACUGCCGAAGAAACGCUACUCUUCACUACAGCCGUCAACACCAUGCGGUGGCCGGCGGUGAAAAGUGGGGGGCUGGGGGUGGUUGCCAUGACAUACGUGGCGGUAGACUAUUUACGCAUCCUAUCCCCAACGUGGCACGAGCGUCUUCAACCCGUACUCUGGUCUUUACUCGCCCUCGUCGCCGUCACGCGCGUCCCCUUUUACCGUCACUGGAGCGCCGAGUUUCGAGCUGCCAUCUCUUUCCUUGCUUCGAUGAUAUUUAUGCUCUCAGCUCUUCUUUUUGAAGCCUGCACAGUUCGUUUCGUUACCGUUGUUCUUGGACUCAAUUGGCACAAUGGUAGGCCUCCUCUUCCUGAUACUGGUCAAUGGUUGCUCCUGGCACUAAAUGAGAAACUUCCUGAAGCAGUUGUUGAGAUACUAAGGGCUCACAUCAUUGGCUUGCACCAUUACUUGAUGUUAUUUAUAAUGUUGGCCUUCUCUGUACUAUUUGAGUCUGUAAAAGCUCCUGGUCUUGGAUUAGGUGCACGAUACAUGUUUACCAUGGCAGUCGGCCGUCUUCUACGUGCAAUAACUUUUGCGUCUACAAUUCUGCCAUCAGCCCGCCCAUGGUGUGCUUCAUCUCGCUAUAGUAUCCCUGGACAUCCUCAUCGUUGGGCUCAGAAAUAUUAUGUUCCUUAUGCUUCUGAUGCUAAUGCCAUUCGUCAAGUAAUAGAACGGGAUAUAGCAUAUGUUGAUACUGUCAAUUACACUGCAGACUACCGUCCAGAUUGGGGUUCAAUGAGCUUCCUAAUAGAUUUUCUGCGACCCAAUACAUCAGAAGGAUCUUCAUGGUACAGUCUGCUUAAAAAGGCUGGGGGCGGCUGCAAUGACCUUGUAUACAGUGGCCACAUGUUUGUUGCUGUGCUGACUGCAAUGGCAUGGACGGAGGCUUAUGGAGGGUUUAGCUCAGUCCUUAUAUGGCUGCUUGUUAUGCACAGUGCUCAGCGGGAAGUACGAGAGCGCCACCAUUAUUCUGUAGAUUGUGUUGUUGCCAUCUAUGUGGGUAUUCUUCUUUGGAAGAUGACUGGUUUUAUCUGGUCGGCUAAGGGUGGAACUGGAGAUAGCAGACUCACUAAGCUUGGGAAAAUUCAAGGUAGACUACUCCAAGCAGCCAAGGAUUCCGAUAUGGAUGAAGUAAGGGAGCUUCUCAAAGAUGUUGAGUUGGGGAAUCAAGAGAGCCUGAAACAAGGGCCGAGCAAGGUCAUGUGGUUGUUUGCUAGCGGAACUAUUUUCUUCUCACUUACCAUUGUUAUUUUGGCCUUCACAUGGACAAGCGAUGGCUAACUUCUCCAGCAUAAUAUUACCACGGUGUUGAGGUUCUUUACUCCGACACAAGAAAGGCUUCGUCUUGGACAGUGUUCGCAUGGGACGAGGAGAGUUUUACAGUUACAUGUGAAACUUGGUUGUAGCUUUUGGUUAAGGAAGUCAAUGUUUAGCUAGACUUGAGCUUACAUUAUCUUGUUCUAAGAGCUGUUGCCUUCACUUUGCAUAGAUUUAUGAAUUUUGCUUCGUACCUUUUUGUUAUGAAUCUUGCUUGUUUUGGCAUUUUAAAUUUUAGUGUUGGAGGACAGAAUUUGGGAUCGACAAGAUAUAAAGAUAUUAUGGACAAGUAGAGACAACAAUAUGGAGGCUUAUAAGCUUGCCAGAUUCUCUAUUUCUUUUA